AUGGGAAAGCCAUCUGGACCUGGGGCUUUACUGCACUCAAAGGACUUAACAGCUGUCAGAAUUUCAUCAUGGGAGGGAAUGGCAGUUAAACGGCUCACAGUGGACCAAAUUCAAGAAUUGGAUCUUGCAGAUAUCCUAGAUGAUUUUGAAGAUGAUGGUAAUGUUCUAGAUCUUACCUAUGUAGAAAAUAAAUUUUAUUCAACACCCUUCCCACUCAUUCAAUGGUCACAAAAAGAGGCAACAUCUAUCAGAGAUAGAUUCCAGAGUAUUCUUGCAAAUACUAAUGUUUGUCUUUCAAGCAAGGGAAUCCAGUUGAAGCCUUUUUCUACUAGUUCUGAUGAUGAUAUAGCUAGACCUAUUGGAAGCAACAAUAUUAAUCCCUUGCCAGGUCAAGCUAUCUGGGCAGAGGAAAUCUUUGAAUUGCAGGGUUCUAGGAUAUUUUGGGCCAGUUCUUACAACUGGGAUUCCGCAGAGGAUUUUGAUUUUCUGGCAGAGGACUUUCUGUAUAUGGAGCAUUGGCAGGGUAAUCGGAGUUACUGUUCAGAUGGGGAGUUGCACAGCAAUGUUAGCAUAAUGCAGUCAUUCUAUGGGGAUGCCGGUGAUUCAUGGUGGCCAACAUCUCACAAGAUUGAUUACCAGUGCUAUUUGGGCGAGGAUGUGGCCAUUCGCCAGUAUUGUGCUGCUGCUCGGUUGGAAUGUUCACUUCAGAGCUGUGAUGAAAUGGACACAGGGUUGUUGUCUACUUCAGACAGCAGUGACAGUCCUUUACUGGACUUGGCAGAAGAAGAUGAGAUGAUUGAAAGCUUCAUAAACAUGGAUGAUGAUGAUCAUGAGAGCUGUGAAUUUGAUGAUGAGAGUAAGAGUAGAGUGAGCGAGGAGAAAAUAGUAAGAUUCAAGGAUGAAAGGUUUCCAUCUGUGUUACAAGAUGUAGUUGAGAUUGGUACCAGUAGUGAAAGAAGAGUGAAACCUCCAGGAAGCGGAGAAAUUGACCAGGGUCUUCAUCUGGUUCAUCUUCUUCUAGCCUGUGCAGAAGCAGUGGGUUGCAGAGACUCACAAUUAGCUGCAAAGGUGUUGCAGCAAAUCUGGAAAUCGGCUCACCCCUGCGGAGAUGCAUUACAGAGGGUCACAUGCUGUUUCGCCAAAGGGCUUACCUCCCGCCUUUUACUGCUUCUCCAGAACAACAGCAACUCUUGUGGUACUAAUCUGAGCACUCUGCAGCCUCCAGGGGGCUCUGAUCUCAUGCGUGCUCCAACCAAGGCGGAAAGAGUAGAAGGAUUUCAGCUCUUAUACCAGUGUACUCCCUACAUAGCCUUCGGUUUCAUGGCCGCUAACGAGGCCAUAGCGCAGGCGACGGAGGGCAAAAAAGCCAUCCAUAUUCUUGACCUAGGAAUGGUGCAGGCCCUUCAAUGGCCGGCGCUUAUGAGAAAGCUAGCGGCUAGGGCAGAGGGCGCUCCCAGCGUGAGGCUCACGGGCAUGGGGACCUGCUCAUAUUCUGAAAUUCAGGAAUGGGGGGCGGCAUUGGGGAAAGAAGCCAAGGCCUUGGGGUUAGGGUUUGAAUUCCGCGGAAUAGUCGAGCCAGUAACCCCCAAUUUGUUGGAUCCAACAUUCCUGAACCUCCGGCCUGGAGAAACCCUAAUUAUAAACAGCGUUUUGUGUCUGCACAAAUUCGUGAAUGAGAGCCGAGGGUCGCUGCGAUCGAUUCUGCAAGCUUUGCAGAGGUUGAAUCCCUGCAUUCUGACGCUCGUUGAGCAGGAUGCUAAUCACAAUGGCCCCUUUUUCUUGGGACGAUUUCUGGAAUCGCUGCAUUACUAUUCCGCCAUUUUUGACUCUCUCGAGGCCAGUUUGCCCCGAUCCAGCCCGCAGAGAAUGAAGGUUGAGAGGUUCCAUUUUGCAGAAGAGAUAGGGAAUAUUGUGGCGUAUGAGGCGGCAGAGAGAGUGGAACGCCAUGAGAGAGCUGAUCAGUGGCGAAGACAGCUUGGAAGAUCAGGAUUUCAGGGGUUCCCAUUGAGAUUUAUGAGCCAGGCGAGGAUGAUGUUAUCGGUUUAUGGGUGCGAUGGAUACAGCCUUGCAGAAGACAAGGGCUGCUUGUUGCUCGGAUGGAAGGGCCGCCCCAUCAUGCUCGCUUCGGUAUGGCGUCCUAAUAAUCAUUCUCAUUAUUGAUCUUUGAUUUUCUUUCGCCUGCAUUCAUCAUAUUUGGUUCCCGUGAUCAAAUUAAUGGCUUCCGAUCUUAUUAUUAUUCCAGGAUGGCUGCUAUUUUGCCAGUAGCUACAGUCGCCAUUUGUAAUAUUUCCUAUUUGAUUCAGCGAUAGUAAGCAUGGUGAAUGGAAUGAUUUGGGCUGUGACAUGCAUACGUUUUGGUUUGUGUAGGAUUCAAAUUUGUCACCUUCAACACUACAUAGAGUACAAGUUCUUUAUCAUGAGGUCAAUUUAAGAUAUUAUUUCAAAGAA